AUGAGUAGGCCAAUUCAAGAUUGCCGCCAUCAAGGACAAAUUCACAAAUGGAGUCAGAUUCAAUAUUUAGCCAAUCCGACAGCUAUCAAGUUCGGCGAGGUUUACACUCUCCCUCCCACUUGGUAUAAUGGUACGAUUUCAACUGCAACAAUCCCUUCCAAUUCCUUCAAGUUCGUCAACGAAACUGGUAGCGAGGCCUCUGCAGUUCUCUUCAAGACCGUCAUUAGCCAAGAUAUGCCUUUCUACAUAAGCUCCCCACCCGUUGAUCCAUGGACUAACGAGCUCAUGAGCCCCAGUUCUGUCGCUGCCCUCUGGUUCCAGAACUACGCCGAGGCCAGAACUAUGGUAUCAGUCAUCAAAAGCGACCUCUCUAUGUUUGGCUCAUCUUCCCAGAGUAGCCUUCAGUUGAGAUGGCAAGGAGCUUACUUUGUUGAAAAUAACUACAGAACCCGGCACAGGUCUAUCCACUACCUAGGAAAAGUCAAUGAUACAUUCCAUCUUGAAGCGAUCGCCUAG